CACGCCGUUUGGUUCUGUGUGAGAGAGUUGGGACGGUUGCUUGUGCUUUUCACGUGCAAGAUCCGUCGGUGUUUAAUCUAUCACCAAAAUCCUACUGCAUUUCGAUUUCUUUUAGAAACAAAAACAAUUCCUCUUUCUGUUGAAUCGCUCUGCAACUUGGGUGUCUUUUUUGUUUGUGUAAUUAGUUAAUUAGUUAAUUUAUUCUGUGGUUUGAUAUACUGAUCAUAGUGAGUUUUGUGUUUGUUAACUCGUAACCCUAAAUCGGCAUGGCCACGGCUGCCGACUCCUCCUCUACUAAUCACCAUUCUCCCAGGCCUGAUUUUGAUGCCGGCGGCGCCAAUAGGCGACCCACCCCAUGGGCCAAGGUUGUACGAGGGGAUUCGGAGUCGUCACCAUCCAUAAUACCCAAUCAACAGUCUCCACUGUCGCCGCCGCCUUCGAGCUCUUUACCGGAACAAAAUCCCUCCUCCAAUUGCUCCCCAUCGAAGGCGGCCGCGGCUCGUUCUUCGCCCUCUCCGCCACCGUCAGCGGAUGUUUCCAUAGCAGCAGCUGCUGCUGAGAGCGCCGAUGGACACAACGGCAAUGCGGCUCGCGGAAAGAAGCCAGCUUGGAACAAGCCCUCCAAGGACGUCCUUGAGGUUGGCCCGGUGAUGGGUGCGGUUGCUUGGCCUGCUUUGUCUGAGUCUGCUAGGGCUUCGCCGAAAUUGCCAGCGGACUCUUCUCCCAAGACUGUAACAGAUGUCUCAGUCCCACUGCCUGUAUCUCCGGGACCUGUUGUAACACCUUCACCCAACUCCAAAAAGCAUCAUGGUAAUUCUGGAAACACUAACCCUGCAUCAUCUCAUGCAAUGGGAGCUCGACAAAGACCUACAAAGCGUGGUGGUGGGAGUAGCACGGGGGGUGUAAACGCACAUGCACAUGUACACAGUGGUUUUGCACACCCUCCCCCACCUCCACCACCACCACCAUUCCCUGUUUUCCCUCUACCAAAUGGCUAUGGUGCUUUAGUACCAGCCAUGCCUGAUCCUUCCCCAAGAGACCCCUCUUUCCGCGGCAGCAAUUGGGAUGCUAGACCGAUCGGUUUCAGGCCUCCAACACACCAAGUAAAUGACCAAAGAAAUUCUUCGCGUAGGGGAAACUUUAGUCCCCACCCGCGCGGAGAUGGAUCUUACCAGAAUAAUUUUGGGAGCAAGCGUGAUGCCCAAGAUCGUGGAAGUUUCAUGAAUGGCAGAGAUGCCCAGAUGCAUCAGCAGCAAAGGCCUCCUCCACGGGGUCUUGUAAGACCAAUACCGCCAAGUAGUGCUGCAUUUACACCUCAGCCUGUAAGACCAUUUGCCAACCCCAUGGGUUUUCCGGAGUUUGUUUACCUCCCUACAUUGCCUUUGGAUCCCAUUAGAAUGCCUUUCAUUCCCCAUGCACCACAUCCUGCAAUGUUUAUGUCUGUUCCGGAAGCUUCUAUGCCUUCUCUUCCUUCCUUGAUAGUCAAUCAAAUAGAUUAUUACUUCAGUGAUACUAAUCUGAUAAGAGACGAAUAUCUGCGGUCAAACAUGGAUGCUCAAGGAUGGGUUCCCAUAUCCCUUAUAGCAAACUUUCCUCGAGUUAAGAGUCUGACAACCAAUGUCCAGUUGAUUAUGGAGUCCUUGAGGGCUUCAGGUGUUGUUGAAGUGCAGGAUGACAAGCUUAGGAGGCGUAGUGAUUGGACAAAAUGGAUAUCAACAACUGGUCGGCCUGCAUCCGCAUCAGGCUCAUCAUCCAAUGAUGUGCAAAGUUCUGACAUGCUUUCAAAUUCUUUUCAAAAGAUGACAGUUGAUGAUGCUGCGUCUACAAGCGAAAGUAGUAUGGCAGGUAACUCAGAUGCAAACUCUAAGGCUACUCCGCAGAAGUUUUCGACUGAGUCAACUGGUGUGUCACAGCUCCCCAAUGGGGACAUCACUCAACAAUAGAUGAAGCUGAAAUGCAUCAAUAUGUACCACCAAAACAUUCAAGCAAAAUCCAGUCCAGAAAAGUGUACUUCUGGUAUCGGAAGGGUUCCUGAAUGAAAUGAGAAGGUUGCUAUUGAAAGCCUGCAAUCACCAUCUCUCUAUUUUCUGUCACUUUGCCUAGUUUUGGCAUGUUUUUGAGGCUAGUACAGAAACAAUAAAAAAUAUUUAUAAAUUCUUCUUCAAGCAUGAACAGAGGAAGAUUGAGAUGGGGCAGAGCAGGCAGAAUUUUGCGGUUAUUGGGAUGUAUAGUUUGGAUUUGGUGUGAAUGUUUGUGCUUGCUUCUA